AUGCCUCGCCUGCCCCCCUCUCUCAUCCGCCGCGCCCAUGCCGUCUCCCCGCACGUCGCGACCCUCCUGCCGGCGUGUCGCGACAUCCCCUCCGCCGUGACCGAGCUCCGGUGGAUCAGGUCGCACGUUGCCAGCGCCCCGGCGCGGGGUGGUGGCGCAGAAGCCAGCGUCGCUCGCCUCUGCGCGCGACGCGGCCGCGGCGUGCCCCUGCAGUACGUCCUCGGCUCCCAGCCCUUUGGUGCGCUGGACAUCAGGUGCCGGCCCGGCGUGCUCGCCCCGCGCGCCGAGACCGAGGCGUAUGCGCUGCACCUGACGGAGAUGAUCGUCUCCGGCCGUCUGCCGCACCCCCAGGACAGGGGGCUGCGGAUCGUGGACUUUUGCACCGGGACCGGGUGCAUCGCGCUCGCGCUGUACGAAGGCCUUGCGCGGCGAGCGGCGAGGUUGAGUGUCACUGGGGUGGACGUCUCGCCGACCGCGGUGCGUCUUUCACGGGAGAACCUGCGGCAUAAUGCCGGUGCCGGUGCGUUGCUCCGGCCUACAGAGGAAAAGAACGUUUCUUUCCAGCUGGCAGACGUCUUUGACGAGGCGGCCAUGGCAACGAUACCCCAGUGUGACAUUCUGGUGUCGAACCCGCCGUACAUCUCGCGCAAAGUCUGGACGUACGGCCGCGGUCAGAUGGGCUACUCUGUGCGAAAGUACGAGCCGAGGCUGGCUCUGGUGCCGGGGGACACGACGCCCACAUACGACGGCUGCGACCAUGCCGACGUCUUCUAUGCCAGGCUGCUGGACGUUGCACGCCGGCUGCGGCCAAAGGUUUUACUGUUCGAGGUGGGGGACCAAGAACAAGCAGUCAGGGUUGCGAGGCUGGUCAGGCGGAACGAGUACACCAGACAGGCGACCUGUGAGCUGUGGAGAGACUGGCCAGACUUGACGCCCGAGGAGGACGAGGCCACUGAGCUGGAUACAGACGCAGAGUGUGUAGCAGUGAAGGGGAGCGGAAAUGUACGAUCUGUGUUUGUGCUACUGUAG